AUGAUAAAGCUUCAGUCGAUUUCGGACGCCGUCGGUUUUGGAUCAGCCACCCGUCAUGGCGGACUCCAGUGGUCGGUCGCGCUGGGAUGGAUAGGCUUGAUCUGGUAUUCCACGGUGACGACGGUGUGCGCUUUGGGAUAUUAUAAAUUAUGGAAACACUGUCUUGGACGCCCUCGGAAAUCCCACUCAGCAACCGCGUCGGACGCACCUCAUGUCACCAUCAUUCGACCGGUCAAAGGCGUCGAACCGCACCUGUACGACUGCCUGGCCUCUGCGUUUCGCCAAGAAUACCCCCGCGACAAGCUUACUGUAUGCCUUUGUGUGUCUUCCCGAAGUGACCCGGCGUACGCAACCCUAGAGAAGCUGGUCGCGGACUUCCCACAAGUCGAUGGGCGUGUCUAUGUUGAGGAAGAGGAUCCCCUCCUCCAGCCUGACCAUGAACCCGCGUACAAUCUUGGGCCGAACCCCAAGAUCCGAAACAUGACCCGUGCGUACAGGGAGGCAAAGGGCGAUAUCGUUUGGAUUGCGGACUGCAAUAUCUGGGUUGGUAAAGGAGUCUGCGGGCGCAUGGUGGACGAAUUGUGCGGUUUUGGUACAGCUUCAGGCAAAGAGAAUAAAUUUGUACAUCAUCUUCCCGUUGCUGUGGAUGUUACCGGUGCUGCUAGCUUGAAGGAGGAACGACGUUUGUUGCAGACGAAUGGAGCCGCGGCCGCCAACGAAGACGAUAGGAAAAGCCGCCGCGCGCCGGGGGCUCUAGCCAUGGGGGGCGGUCGUCUGGAAGAGUUGUUUCUCUCUUCGUCCCAUGCCAAGAUGUAUACCGCUAUCAACACGGUUCUUAUUGCACCAUGCAUUGUUGGCAAGUCAAAUAUGUUCCGACGCUCUCAUCUCGACUAUCUUACUGCUCCGGAUCCGAAGAGCUCUCGUCAACUGAAUCCAGGCAUUGACUACUUCUCGGACAAUAUCUGUGAAGACCACUUGAUUGGCGAUCUGCUUUGGAAGAACAAGGUUCGCGACGAGAAGGAGCAUGGCAAACACCUGGGCAAGCACGCACUCGUUUACGGAGAUCUCGCCUUUCAACCUAUUGCAAACAUGAGCGUUCGAUCCUACAUAGCGCGACGAGUGCGGUGGCUGCGCGUUCGAAAAUUCAUUGUGAUGCUUGCGACCUUGGUUGAGCCCGGCACAGAGUCAAUAUUAUGUUCGCUGUACGGGGCCUGGGGUGUCACUACUGCGUUAUCUCAGUAUCUCCAGGAUAAAGGGCUGGUCAUCGCUGAGGACCUCUCGACGUGGAAAGCCUUCUUCACGUUCUUCGGGCUCAGCAUAGUAACAUGGAACCUCAUCGAUUGGACAGUAUACAUAAUGCUUCACUCCGGCAAGACGGUCGAACGGGAUGAGAACACGCCACUGUUUGUGCGUCCUCCCCGGGGUACAACAAGACGGCGUUUCCGGUACUGGCUUGCCGCCUGGCUCGGACGAGAAACACUCGCUCUCCCAAUUUGGUUCUGGGCAAUCUGGGGAGGCAUGACGGUUACGUGGCGUGAUCGCCAGUUCCGUAUUGGCCUCGAUACGAAGGCACAUGAGAUUCAGGGUGGUCAAGAUAUCCAAGCCGAAGGCUCCUACUCCGAAGGUACAUCGGUUCUAUCAAGUGCAGAGCGUCGACGCAGACCGCAGAAGAAAAUGAAAGCAUGA